AUGCGGGUGCUGGAAAACGUCUAUCAUGUCCACUGUUUCUCCUGCUGUGAGUGCGAGAGGCGGCUGCAGCGUGGCGAUGAGUUUGUACUCAAAGAAGGGCAGCUGCUUUGCCGCAGUGACUAUGAGAAGGAGAGAGACAUGCUGAGCGCCAUCAGCCCCGCUCCCACCGAGUCAGGUGAGAGGCAAGAGCAGUGAGACCUUCUUUGUAGGGAUGGAGGCAAAUGUCUCUGAGCAUGGGCAGAGUCACCAAUCCAGAGUCCUAUCACCAGCUCUCGGGCAUCUGAGGCCACAUAAGCACAGUCCUAUGUAGGAAAAUGGAUACCAUGCCCUCCCACUCUAGUUCCAAAUUUGCCAUCCACAAAGCCCCCAUCUGCAAUCCAAAUCACACUUCUGUGGGGCGGGGCAGGGGAAACCCAAGAAAUUCAGGAUGAUUUACUUCUGAAUAGCCAUGCUUAAGAAUGCAAUGCACGAAGUUCCUGUUUCAACCAGUAACAACAAGGCUUUGUGGCAUCCUCCUGUGAAGCUGCUGACCUUAGAUAAGGGGCUAGAAUGAACAGGUGCAACCUUAAAAGACAGAGGGUUGUACCCAAAGCUACUCCUACUUAGAGCAGACCCACUGAAAUGAAUGAACCUAUGUUCUAACAUGUUCCUGUCCAUGCAGCAGGAGCCUGAGGGGCACCCUCCUCCAAUGUGUGCAUGCCAUGUCUCCACUCGCACUCGGUCCAGGCCUCCUCCGCUGCGCCAUCUCUGCACCCAUCUCACUGCUUGCAUGCAGCACUGGCUCACAGGAGAGGCAGGGGCCAUGGCAUCCUCCCAGCGGAGGCAGUGCUCAGCUCCUCAGAAUGGGGCAAGGGGGCUGUCGCAGCCGACCCUCCUAUGAGCCAAGGUGAACCGACUGCCUCAGGCAGCAGAAGCCCACCAGGCAGUGUUCAAACACACCCGCCAGGGAAGCAGAACCAACAGUGGCAGCGGAGUUUGGUGAGAUCUCACAAGAGUUCUCUAAAAUCUCAUGAGAUCUUGUGCAGAGCAUGGGAUGUCAUGAGAUUUUUGUGAGCUCUCACUAGAAGCAGGCACGGCUGUUUUGCAGUUGCUGCCACGCAACCCAGGCAAGGCAGGCUUCGGCCGGGGGGGGGGGGCAGUUGCAGAGCUGCAGUGGGGCAGCAUGUUCCCCUUGGCCACAAGUAGCAAAAUGCAACGUUGAGCCUCUGGUGGCAGCAGUUGGCUCAAUGCCACCUCAGCCUGACAUCUUCAGGAGAAGGCUCAGGAGUAAACCUGACACCAAUCUGGAGUGGAGUCCCUUCCGGCAACUCCUGCCACCAAGCUGGUGCCAAAUGUGUUGCUCUGCUUUCCUUUGGACCACCUCAGCAAGGCCAAGAGGGGGUCUUGUCAUCUGGACAGUCCAAGACCUCCAUCCACACUGCCCAGGCUUGUGCCCCAAAGAGACCAUGCUUGUUUGUUGCAGCAAAAGCAACAAAAAUCUUGCGGCCCCUUAAAGAUGAAUCAGUUUUUUAAUGCCAUAAGCUUUUGCAGCAUCUGACGGAAUAGACUCUGGUCCACAAAGGCUGGUGGCAUUUAAGGUGCCGCCUCAAUUCUCAUUUGUAAGGCUUCUCAUUAAGAUGAAAUAAAUAGGAGACCUAGCCAGUAUACGUGCUAGCAAUGCUAAUUUACUGGUAUAUUUUCCCUGGGGGGCUUCCAGAUGUUGUUGGACUCCAACUCCCUUGGCCAACCGAAGGAUAAGGGGAGACAUAUUUUGGCAACAACUGGGGAGCUGCAGGUUCCCCGUCCACAGCACAGAUCCCUGAGGCAGGGGCUCCCAUGAGAGAAGUGACCAUGAGGAGCGCCUGCAUUUCUUGAAGGGGGCAGGACAGAGAAGCUGUCUCCCACUAGGCACCCAAUGUGGGGGGAUCCUGAGUCUGGUGUUUUCCUUUUCCCUUCAUAGUGAAGAGUGAGGAUGAGGAUGGGAGCCACCCGCAGGGCAAAGGCAGCGAGGAAGCCAAGGACCACAAGCGCUCCAAGCGGCCACGGACCAUCCUCACCACACAGCAGCGCCGUGCCUUCAAGGCCUCCUUCGAAGUCUCCUCCAAGCCCUGCCGGAAGGUCCAGUAUCACGGAAGAUCCCUUUGCAUGGGGGGGGGGAUAAGAGAGUUUCCCCGCCCUCUCCUCCUGUCCCCCCUCCCCAUUGGCUGUUGGGGGUGGGAGAACCCCCAGAACACCCGGGGGGUCAGGGGAGAAGACGGCAGAUUGUUGCCUUAGGCAAGCAGUAAUGUUUGCACGGAAAAAGUGGCGUAGCAAUAUCCUGAAUUCUUCCCAUAGGAUUGGGGAGAGAUUAAUUUUAGUUCACAUUUUGAUAUCAACCUAUCUUUUAAUGCAAACCUCAUUUUAAUGCAAAAUAUUACAUGAACUGAAAUGCAGCUAUUCAUCAAAAUUCAUUCAGCUCUGAUCCAGUUCUCCAACUAAUGUGUCAAAAAAUGCCUAUAUAUAUAUAUAUAUAUGGAGAAAGUGUGCAAUUAUUAGUAUUAGUAUUGUAUACCACCCAUCUGGCUGGGUUUCCCCAGCCACUCUGGGCAGCUUACAGCAUACAUAAAACAUAGUAAAACAUCAAACAUUCAAAAUGCAUUUGUUGUCAUCAAUUUAUUAAUUGCCUUCUAAACCUCCAUUCAAGGCAAUAAGAUAAUUUUUAAAAGUUUUUUAAACAAAACACUUAAAGCAAGACGCAGACCACAACAAGCCCACACUCAGCUCACAGAAUCAUAGAAUCUGAGAGCGGGAGGGACCAGCCAGUGUCAUGUCGUCCGACCCCCCCAAUGCAGGCAUCUCAAUAUGCAACCCCCCCAUCCAAUUUGAAACCAGACCAGACCCUGCUUAGCUUUGCAAAUGUUAGGGGGGAAUUGUUUAUAAAAGUGUCUGUUAGGAGAAACGUCACUAAACUCUGACAAAAUUUCAUGGGAACUUUGUGCAUUUUUAAACAAAUCACAAGCUGGAAAUGUGGAGAACUGAAUUUAAGACUGGAAGAUAAAAAUAAAGGGUGAGAGACCAACAUUAGUUUUGUCGAUCCCUACCCGCAGACAAUGUUGUAGGCCAUGGGUAGGCAAACUAAGGAUCGGGGGCCUGAUCCAGCCCAAUCACCUUUUAAAUCCAGCCUGUGGACGAUCUGGGAAUCAGCGUGUUUUUACAUGAGUAGAAUGUGUGCUUUUACGUAUUUAAAAUGCAUCUCUCGGUUAUUUGUGGGGCAUAGGAAUUCAUUCAUUUUUCUUCUUCAAAAUAUAGUCCGCCCCCCCCCCACAAGGUCUGAGGGACAGUGGACCAGCCCCUGCUGAAAAAGUUUGCUGACCCUUGUUGUAGGCUGAACAAGCCCCACUUUCAGCCCUGAGGAGUUGGAGGCGGGUAGAUUGCUUUCUUUUAGCAAUCAGGUGUGGGGAGAGGAGAACCUGCAAAUCCUUUGGCAGCGCAUAGCAUCUCUUAGCCCCAACCUGAGAGGGAUGGAACUCUUUUUAACCAGACGCUUUUCCACUCUCCACGCUGGGCAGGUGAGGGAGACGUUGGCAGCUGAAACAGGCUUGACUGUUCGGGUGGUACAAGUUUGGUUCCAGAAUCAAAGGGCCAAGGUGAGUGAUGGCCUCAGAGCUUUACAUUUGAGUGGCAACCUAUCUCUGACUAAACAGGAGGAAGGAGAAGGGGCAUCUCUCCCUGCCAGAGUCGGGCAGGGGAAGGGGGUGCAGUGGGGACGGGCCGCCCCAGGUGUCACCACUGAAGGGGGUGACAAAAUGUCGGGCGGCACUCACCGCGGGGCCUGCAGCGCACCCAAGCCAUGCGUCUCUCCUGGGAGUGACACAGUGGCUUCGGCGCCCGCAGGCUCCACGCUACCCCAAACGGUCUGACGGUGCCUCCCCCACAGCUGUAGGGCGGCCGAGUGGGAGGAGGCAGGCAGACCCCUUGGAGGCCCCGCAGAGCGUCCUGACCCAGCUCGCCCUGCCCCCGUGGGCAGCUGGUCCCGCCCCUGGGCACAGGGCACGCACGCCUCCCAGGCGCCCAAUCGGCUUGCUCCGCCGCUGGCCAAAGUUAUCCAGGGCUGUGAGGCUGGAACUCUCUCUUUUUUUUUUUAAAUGAUAUUUAUUAAAGUUUCAAAAAAUAGAAGAAUUGCACAAAAACAAAAAGUAAAAAUACAAGGAAAUACAAAAUACAGAAAAAAGAAUAAAGUUUUUAAGAUAUAACAAAAAAAUGAAAAAUAAAAAGAAACAUACAAAAUAAAACAGUUAAAAACACGUUAAUUUUCCAUAGCCUAUCUUCCUUACACUUAUUUCCCCGGACCUCCUCGUACCUCCCUUUUUUGUAUUCCAGUUCAGUUUGUUAGUUCAGCAAAUCCUUACCAUUAAGCUUUUACCAAUUUGUAAACCUUUUUUUCGUAUCUCUUAAAGCAUUACAGCUGGAAACCACUUAGUUUCUAUCCAACAUCCUUCUAAGAUUCCUUAAUUUUACAACAUUUCUGUAAAUAGUCUUUAAAUUUCUUCCAGUCUUCUUUCACCGACUCUUCUCCCUGGUCUCGGAUUCUGCCCGUCAUUUCUGCCAAUUCCAUGUAGUCAAUCACCUUCAUCUGCCAUUCUUCCAGAGUGGGUAGAUCUUGUGUCUUCCAAUACUUUGCAGUGAGUAUUCUUGCUGCUGUUGUAGCAUACAUAAAAAAAGUUCUGUCCUUCUUUGGCACCAAUUGGCCGACAAUGCCCAGAAGAAAGGCCUCUGGUUUCUUCAGAAAGGUAUAUCUAAAUACCUUUUUUAUUUCGUUAUAAAUCAUCUCCCAGAAAGCCUUAAUCCUUGGGCACGUCCACCAAAGGUGAAAGAAUGUACCUUCAGUUUCUUUACAUUUCCAACAUUUAUUAUCGGGCAAAUGAUAGAUUUUUGCAAACUUGACUGGGGUCAUGUACCACCUGUAUAUCAUUUUCAUAAUAUUCUCUCUUCUCUCUUAUAAUUUCAUAAUAUUCUCUCUUAAGGCAUUACAUGCCGUAAACUUCAUACCUGUGGUCCAUAACUGUUCCCAGUCAGCAAACAUAAUAUUAUGUCCAACAUCUUGUGCCCAUCUUGUGCCCAUUUAAUCAUAGCAGAUUUCACCGUUUCAUCCUGAGUAUUCCAUUUCAACAGCAAGUUAUACAUUCUUGACAAAUUCUCAGGUUUGGGUUCUAACAGUUCUAUUUCUAAUUUUGAUUUUUCCACCUGGAAGCCAAUUUUCUUAUCCAAAUUAUAUGCCUCCAUUAUCUGAUAAUAAUGAAGCCAAUCUCUCACUUUGUUUUUUAGUUUCUCGAAACUCUGCAAUUUCAAUUUGUCUCCUUCUUGUUCCAAAAUUUCCCAAUAUUUCGGCCAUUUGGCCUCCAUAUUGAGCCUUUUCAGAGCUUUCGCUUCCAUCGGUGACAACCACCUUGGGGUUUUAUUUUCCAAUAAAUCCUUGUAUCUUAUCCAAACAUUAAACAAUGCUUUCCUGACAAUAUGAUUUUUAAAUGCUUUAUGUGCUUUGACCUUAUCAUACCAUAGAUAUGCAUGCCAUCCAAAUACGUUGUUAAAACCUUCUAAAUCCAAAAUGUCUGUAUUUUCAAGAAGUAGCCAUUCUUUCAACCAGCAAAAAGCUGCUGAUUCAUAAUAAAGUUUAAAAUCUGGCAGGGCAAAUCCGCCUCUUUCCUUUGCAUCAGUUAAUAUCUUAAAUUUUAUUCUGGGCUUCUUGCCCUGCCAGACAAAUCUAGAAAUCUGGAACUCUCAGGCCUCUGAGCAACACACAAUCCCUGACCAUUAUUAAGAGGAGGAACACCUUUGGCUGUCAAAUUCUGGCUCUUAUCCCAAAUAGGCCCCUAAACGUUUAGAAAGGUGGGCUAUAAAUGCUGAAACAAACCAAGAGCGCACACUUUUGGCAAUUGCAGCUGUGCUCUCUCCAUUCCUAGAGCACAACUGCCUAUGCUUUUGCCUUGGCAAGGGCUCCUGUGCCAGGCAGAAAUUCACCAGGUCUUCCUCUCAGCAUUCCUACUUAUUCAAGCUGGAAUUCCUGCACUUGUUGAAUUUCUGCCUGUCAGGAAGCUAUUAAGGGCACAGGAACUGUACAAAAACCCAGCAAAAAAGAAGUGGCAACCCUUGCUGAGUCUGGUGUUUUAGAGUUGCUUUUAAAUGUGGGUGCAAUAUGAAUCAGUGCCAAUUUUAUUCACUGGCCCAGCAGCAAUGCCUUGAGCUGUGGUUUCUGGUCUGCAGGAAGUAGCCAGAGAACAAUAUUUAUCUCCCUGUUGUGGAAAACCACAUCUUUUGCUAUUAUCGAAGAUAAUUCAUUACACUUCAGCCAAAGUUCUCUGAGCAACUUUACAGAGCAGCAUCAUGCCUGCUGACUUCCUCAGCUUAAACCAUGGUUAAAACUUAAGGAGUAGUCUAUCUUAAGGGGCCGUCUUCCUUCCUUCCUUCCUUCCUUCCUUCCUUCCUUCCUUCCUUCCUUCCUUCCUUCCUUUUCUUCUUGGCAGCUGGCAACCUUAGUUGGUGCAGCAGUGGUGGGAGGGGAGGAGAGCAUCCGAUGCAAGGCAGGUGCAGGUGCGUGGCACUGGCCUCGGAAGGGGACAGACCCCCUCGCCCCAAUUUAGGAGGGGGAUUCUGUCCUCCCUUCCCCCUUUUGUUGCACCCCUGCCCAGGAGCAUCCGUCCUCCUCCUUGCAGAUGAAGAAGAUCGCCCGCAGGCAGCAGCAGCAGCAGCAGCAGGAGCAGGAGCAGCUGGGCAAUCCACGCCUGGGCACCGGAAGGGGGACUGGAAGGAGCAGCAGGCAAAGCAAUGAAGACAGCGAAGGUGAGAAUCUCUGGCGGAAACUCGAGGGCACCUGAGUCCCUUGGUGUCAGGAGCUGGAGUCAGGCGGAGGUCAGCAACAAAACAAUAAAGCACCGAUGUCAGUGAAGUUAACUCAAAGAAACAAAACAUCUCAGGGCUAGUGGUCACAGCAACGCUUCCCAGCAGGUCUUGCCCCAAAGAAGCCAUUGCAAGGACUGAAGGUCCCUGCCUUCCCACCACUCUCUGAGGCUCCUUCCCCAGCAGCCAAAGGCUCCGUUAGUAAUUACUAUAAACGAAAGAGAAAUACAGUGCAUCUCACCAUGAGACCAUGAACAGGUGAGUGCCUCUGUGUGCAUCUGCUCAGUUACAGAACAGUAACCUUUGUUGCACAUUCAGUGGGAGAGCAAACAUACCAUUUUUGUAACUUGCAGUCUAUAUUUUGGCCCUGGUUUAUGCCAUCAAAAUAGUGUAUUCUAAUUAAACAGCUCUGGGUCCCGUCCCGUCCCGUCUGCCACCCCACCCCCACCCCCACCCCAGGAUUGGGUUACUGUAGAAGAAUAGGAAUCUGUGCACAAAAUAGAAAUGGCUUUAACUCACCAGUUUACAUUUGGGAUUGUGUGUGUGGCAUUGUGAGGAUACUGGCGCCUCCGGAGAAUCUGUGGCCCUUCAGAUGUUGGUGGACUGCAUCCCAUCAUCUUUCUGCUGGCCCUGCUGGUGGCCGGUGCUGAUGGAAGUUAGAGUCCCACAGCACCAGAGGGUCAGUGGUUCCAUCCCCACCCACCCCAGUGUUAGAGAGAGCUACAAUCCCCAAGAUUCCCUGGAGUGAAAGUAAAGUGUGGACAGGCACACAGAGCUCUGAAGUCCUAUCAAAAGCUUCAUUUGACUUCUGAGGAAUCAGCAGUCUCCGCUCAUACUCUGCAGCUGUGAGGGACAGAAACUUGCUUUAAAAUAAAUUAAAAUGAAAUACUGGUUAUCAGGAGAUGGCUAUACAUGGCCUUCCAAGUUGUCUAUUCACAACAAAGAUAUGCCUGGAACAGCAAUUAUUGAUCAUAGCAGCAAACCUGCAUUCCCCAAUGUCUGUCUUUUCCCCAGGCUUGGCUGUUUUAAGUGCUGUUUCAGAGAGGAUGUGAGAGCCAAGUAUUUAAAAAAAUAAAACAGCUUUUGAGAGGACAGAGUAGUUUCAGUAACUUAGUUGUUACUUAAACACACACAGAGUGUUAUUACUAAAUCCAAAGUGUUCGCUGAUAGGCUUCCCCCCUUCUUUGCUUCAACAGAUGGUGCCAGUGUGCAUGGAAUCGAGGGUCUGAUGGUGCCAUACUCCAGGAUUGCCCAACAGCAGCUGCUUCCCCUGGAUCAGAACAGCUACAGCACAGACUUGUACCGGCAAGGACUCACCCCACCCCAGCUGCCAGGAGACCAUCUCCACCCCUAUGGUGAGCUUCUCCGAGGAAUCUGCUAUGAGCAUAUGCUGUGCACCAGACCCCUCUGUCACACUUUUCCUACAGAUACAUAAUACUCCUGCACAGUUUUUUCUGCCAGUGGGUGCAUAGCAGAAGUAAAAAUCUCCCUCCAUGGAUGUUGGUGGCAAGGAAAUGAAUAGGCAUAAAAGGAGAAUUCCCUGGAUGCCAAGAUCCAAGUCUGGGGCAAGCACUCUUUGAUGAGAGAACCUAGGCAGAAAUUUAAAAUCACAAAAUAUGCAGCAAAGCAUGGGAAUAUAGACUGUUAGACCUUUAAAAUAAGCCCUUAGAAGUUCCAAAGCUUCCUUCUUCCCCUAGCAUAGAUUAAAAACCACACAUUUGGUAAGUGAAAAAUGGUUUACUUACAAACUCUCCAAAGGUCAUAUUCAUGUUCUUUUCCAUACAGCAUUCAAAAAAAGUUGCACAGGCAGUAAAACCUAGUUUAGUUACAGUGGUGAAAGUUCCUAAAUUAUUGGGUAUAGGAACUCAAGAGAGGCUUGUAAGAGCCAUGUGGUCUGAGCUGCAACAACCAGCUCAAACCUCCUCACACACUGAGCUUCUUAGGUAGAUGGAAGGGAACAAAGGCUUGACACUUAGUUCCUCCUAAGGUGAGCUAAGCCUGUCAGGACAGCUUACUCUAUAGUCCUAACCCUUUCAUGCAUUAAACAUGUUGGUUAUAUGAGGCUGGUUAUCCCACAGGAUGUUCAUGACACAUGGUGUAUGUGACCUGUGAAAGUUAAAUAAUUAUUUUUACAGUGGCCCUCAAAAUGAAAGACCGAAGACGGAAAUGGCCCUGGCUGUGCCUGUUGCUGUUCCUCAUCUUUCUUGCUUCCGAAGGCCACACCAGACAUUUAAAACAGUAUCAUGCCACUUUAAACAGUCAUGGCCUUCCCCAGAGAAUUCUGGGAACUGUAGUUUGCCAAGAGUUGUUAGGAGACCCCUUUUCCCCUCACAGAGCUACAAUUUUCAGAGUUCCCCUGGGAAGAGAGAUUGAUUUUUCAACCACCCUGAGAACUGUAGCUCUGUGAGGAGAAAAGGGGUCUCCUAACAACUCUUAGCAAACUCCAGUUCCCAGAAUUCUUUGGGGAAGGCCAUGUCUGUUUAAAGUGGCGUGAUACUGCUUUAAAGGUAUAUUGCAGAUGUGGCCUUUGGGGGGAUCCAUGACGGCUUAAAGUGGCAUGGUGCCUCUUUAAAAGUGAUGGGGCCAAAGUAAGAUUCCCUGAGGGCCAAACUGAAUGUUGGCCUCUUGUUUCUACUUACCAUUUUUGUGAGAAUGUCGCCAUUCACCGAAUGAUGUCCAUGUGGCUUUCAAAAUAACCAACACUCAUUUUGUUUCAAGUUAUAUCCUGGUUCAUUCCAGUGGUGGCGUUAAAUGGGAUCAAUGGUGAUGGUGUAAAUGCCACUGUGCUUUGUUUGCCAUUGGCGUUUGCCUGUGAAAGGGGAGCUGAGGAAUAAAUUAGCCAACAGGCAAAGCCAUAAUGGUUUAAGAGGAGCGAGAAGAGUGUACAGAUAAUCACAAGGCUUUUGACUGGACCUUUUGCUCAUAUUGCUUAGAAAUGUUUUUAGAUGUGCUUGGGUGUUUUGAAAUGUUUUAGUUGGUCUUUAAAAUAUUUUUAAAUAUAUAUAUUAAAUUAUAUUGCUUUAACUUGCUGAUGUUUGUCAUCCUGGGCUCCUUUGGGAGGAAACGUGGGGUAGAAAUUUAAUCCUCCUCUCUCUGUGGGCUCAGUUGGUACCAGCAGGAAGAGGUGGUAGCAGCCCCACGACCAUGGCCACUGUCAAAGGGGAGGGGGUCUCCUUCCCCCUUCUUUGCCCAUAGAUGGCUGGUUCAUUUACCAUCUGACCCAGAGGCCCACUGGGGUGCAGGUCCCAAGGACACACCAAAAUCCAGAAUAGUUCCUGUUUUUGUGGCACCUUUUUUUUCCCCAGAGGGAGAGGAGGCUGGCCUUCUGCCGCAAGCCCUCUGCCCGCUUCCUUGUGAAAUGCUUGUAAGCAACUGUCCUUCUCUUUCCGCACCCUAGAUUCAGAAGGCGUCUUCCAUGACAUGGACAGUGACACCAUUGGCCAUUUGGGUGACUGCCUGCUGUCAGCGGCUGAAGCCAACCUCCUGCAGACCCGAGUGGGCAACCCCAUUGACCGGCUCUACUCCAUGCAAAGCUCCUAUUUCACCUCCUGA